GCAUCCCGAACAUGGUUCCGGAGGCUGCCAGGAUGACGCACAAGAAGCCGCCGGCCGAGGGCUCGGAGCAGCCCUGAGGAGCCGCCGGGCACGGCGGUAACGGGGCCUGAUGGCCGGAGCAGGGCUGCUGCCCUCCCUGCCCACGCUGACUGUGCUCGUUCCCCUCCUGUCCCUGGCAGGCCUGUUCUACUCGGCCAGCGUAGAUGAAACUUUCCCCCAGGGCUGCACCAGCACAACCAGCCUGUGUUUCUACAGCCUCCUCCUUCCUGUUACAGUACCAGUUUAUGUGUUCUUUCACCUGUGGACCUGGAUGGGGAUUAAGCUUUUUCGCCACAACUAGUGUGAUGCCUUUGCUAACCCCUGGGCUUCUCUAAAUCGGCAUAAUUUGUUUAAUCUAAUCAAGUAUUGCAGUUCAUUUGAGAGAGUUUCAUUCUGGCACUAGUGACUGGCAUCAUUUUCCUGGUAGGAUCUGGAACUAUGAAGCAGCAGGCCAUUGCUAACUCUGCUAACGCAGAUGAAGAGUAGGAGUAAUAAGAAGCACUAAUUUUCUCUGUUUUAUCCCUUCAAGAGUGCUGUGCCUUUGUAGUGGCACUAAUUUAAACCUUAGUUUUCAUAAGGAAGAACUGUACUCUGACUGAAUAAACUAAAUUAAAAUUAAAACAUGCAGUGAUAUGAAUCUCUGUUUGAGAGCUUUGGGUUUUUUUAACCAGAUGUGUGUACUGAAAUAUGUUUGUCUCACUGUCAGAAGACCAAAAAUUAAAAUAAAUCAGGCUGGUGUUUAAUAACAAAA